AUGGACGAUCUCGCUGGUUUGAGCUGGUCGGCGCCCAACCAAGGCAAGCCAGCGCCAUCGGCCUCGCCGAACCCCGCGGUCCCGGCCUAUCCUUCCCUGCGUCCAACCCCGUCGCCCUUCGGAUCCGGCCGCAACACGCCGCUGUCAAGCCAGGGCUCUGGGCCUGUUGGACCCAAGCCACCGGCUUCGAAGCCCGUGCAGGAUAGCUUCGGAAAUCUGCUCAGCUUGGCCGCAGGGAAGAGCACGGCAAAUCUGACUCUGCGCGAGCGACAACAGCAGAUUGAAGCCGAGAAGAGGAAAAAAGAGGAGGAGAGGCGGAAGCAGGCACAAGCACAAUAUGGAGACGGGCAGUUUCUGGAUUCCCUUGGCCAGAGCCAAUCGGGCUCUCGCGGGGCGCCAUCGCCCGGUAUACUGACGCCGCCUUCGGUACCGGGGCCGAGCCCAAGGAUACAGAACGGGAAGUCAGUAGCCGAGUCGGACGAUGAUCUAUUUGCGGCGUUCAAUGCCAGCACCAAAGUCGACAACUCUAGCUACUUCCCACCCCCUUCGUCUAGCCCUUCCCCACCGGACGCGCCAGCCUUGGAUCUCCGAAACCCGCAGUCUUGGGCCAAGCCUACGACACCUGGCGGCGGCGCCUUGGAUGACGAGGACGACGACCCGUUCGGGCUCAACCAACUCAAGACGAAGCCCAGUGCGCCGCCGCCGCCGGCUGCCGAUGAGGAAGACGAUCUGCUAGGAGACCUAGGCAAACCGGUUGAUCAGGCGAGAAGGAAGGCAGCGCCGACAUUCGCGCGGGAACCUGAGCCAGGGAAACCUAUCGAGGAUUCUUCUUCAGAUUCCGAGGCUGCCGGGGCUGCCCCCCCCGACGAUCCUUUUGACAGGGCCGUCGCCCAGCUUGUGGACUAUGGUUUCACCCCCGAGAACGCCAGGAGAGGGCUUACAGAGAGUGGAGCAGGACUCGAUGUGCAGGCUGCCGUGAAUUGGUUGUUGGACGAUGCCCACCGGCAGGCAAAGGAGAAGGCGAAGGGUCGGGAAGGCAUGAAGGAGCAGCCCAGGGGUAGCGACGAGCGAGCCCCGAGUCAAUCCCGGAAUGGUACGCGGUCGUGGAUGAGAGACGGAUCACAAGAUGAUGGGAUGAGAAGCAGGGACGCCCGGUCGCCGGCGUCUAUGGAAGGGGACUUCGCGAAGACUGCUGCUGCUGUGGGGUCAAGUUUCCUGAAGACCGCAAAUAGCCUCUGGAAAACAGGGCAGAAGAAGGUCCAGAAAGCGGUCGCUGAGUUCCAGCAAGACGGAGACCCCGGCCAGCCGAAAUGGAUGCGGUCAGUCGGCCAAGACCAUACCGCCAGCGGCGCGGGAAUGCGGACGGCCGAAGCCGAAGUCACAGAUGAGGCCCUGAUGUUGGAAGUAGGAGGGCUCGCACCUGAGCGCCACCGUUCUGCCGAAACUCGGCCCCGGGGACGUUUGCCAGUUCUUCCGCCUCGGCCGGGGCAGGAUGUUCAAGUUCCAAAAUGGCGACAAGGUUCGCACCCACCUGCCGAUCCGCUCUUGCAACCGCGCAGGCAUGCCGCUGAAGAUGGAAGCUUCCAAGCGUAUGUUAGCCCGGCACGCAGGAAGAAGGCCACCACAAAACCGCAACCGGAGACGCAGGCCCCGUCGGAUCCGGAGCCGGAUUUGCUUUUCGGUUUGGCCGUAUCCUCAAUGGCCAGCCCUGCACCACCUGCUAGAUCUCCGCAACCAUCCCCAGCUCCUCGGCCCGCAGCACGGCCACCACCCACUCCACGUCCGGCGCGUCAAAUACCGCCCAUCUCGCCUAUUGCCUUGCAAGCUUCCACCAGACAUCGUCUCGAGGGCACCGCGCACUUCAAGCGCGGCGACUUCGCAGCAGCUCACGUCUCCUAUACCUCCUCACUUACCGCCAUUCCACAAGACCAUCCCCUAACAAUCCUCCUUCUCUGCAACCGCGCGCUAACUGCGCUCAAGACGGGCGAGCCGCGCCAAGCAGUCGAAGACGCCGAUAAAGCCAUCCGCCUCAUCGGCCCGGGUAAAGGCGAAGGAGAGCAUGUGGAGCUGCAAGCCAGCGGCGACACCCCCGCCGAGAAGCGCGACAUGCGCGACCUCUACGGCAAAGCACUUGCCCGGAAGGCGGAAGCCCUCGAGCAGAUGGAGAAGUGGGCCGACGCCGCAGCAGUCUGGCAGCUCUGCGUCGAGGCCGGGCUGGGCGGGGCAACGGCCACGGCCGGGAGACAGAGGUGUCAGAAGGCUCUCGCCCCGAAGUCUGCGCCCACACCCAGACCGGCGGCACCCCGCCCUGCUGCGCCGCCGAGCCGUCCCAGGCCAUCUCCCGCUCCGCAGAAGGACUCCGAGGCGGUGGAGCGACUGCGGGCAGCUCACAGGGCCGCCGAGAAGGAAGGGGACGAGAAGAUCGCGCUGACAGACAAAGUAGACGCGCGCAUCGCGGCAUGGAGGGACGGGAAACGCGACAACCUGCGCGCGCUGCUCAGCAGUCUGGAGAGUGUGCUGUGGGAAGGUAGUGGGUGGAAGAAGGUGGGCUUACACGAGCUGGUGAUGGCGAAUAAGGUCAAGAUCGUUUACAUGAAGGCUAUCGCGAAAACGCAUCCUGAUAAGAUCGCACCAGAUGCUACGACAGAGGUACGCAUGAUUGCAGGGACGGUGUUCAGCACGCUGAACGAAGCGUGGGACAAGUUCAAGGCGGAGAAUAAUCUGUGAUGGAGCGAUGAUGAUGAUGAUGAUGAUGAUUACUACUAGUAGAAGCCGGAAAUGAAGAGUACGGCCGCGUUUGAUAGAAGGUAGACCUAGCGUGCAAAUCAGGCCGUGGAAAGCCCAGAAGCACUAGGUUCGAGCGCAGCCUCAAAUUGCAAACCCGAACAAAGAUGCCAUUAUGCACCCUACUAGGAACUAUUGCUACUAAUGCCAAAGCACAUAACGCGCCGUUUAAUGAACGCCCCUUCCUUUAUUACGCCAUGCCGCCGUCAUAACCUCUCUCUUUCUCUACCCAGACAGUCGUUUCCAUUACAGCCCCAGCAUACGCCUCACCCCCUCCCGCACCUUCUCCUCAUACUCUGACCGCCGCUCCCGCCACAUCUUGGCCGCUUCCACGUUCGCGGGGCUCUCGUCGUUCGGCUCCGCCAGCAUGCUCAUCACCGAGAUGAGGAUCUUCUCGACCGACUGGAUGGGCGACCACCGC